GCAAGUUGCAAUCUGCACCACGUACCCUUGGACCCAUAAUUUUGUCCAUCUUUUACCGGUAAGCAACAAGAAGCGGAUCAGCUGUGGAUGCUGCCUGUCGCUCUCCUUGAGAAAGUAAGUUUGAUGGGUUGCCUCUCCUUCCUUCCUUCUGAAGGUCUGCCUGGUGGGUCUCAUAAAAACCAACCUGCAUCAGUUAGCAAUAGCUGAAAACAAAAAGUCAAGAUUUCUUCUCUUACUCUUACUACCACCAAUCUUUACUACAUCUACCUGAUCACCAUGGCGUUUCUUACCUGGAUGACUGAGCAACCCAUUAAUAAGACUAAGACUAAGCAACCCAAGACUAAGCAGAGCAAGAACAGUCAGAGUGACGAUGAGAGCACCUGUGCGGCCACCUUGGACACUUCAUCCGUAGCCUUCACCAUGGAGGCUUCUUCUUCCUGCUCUAUCGGUGCUAGUAUGGAAGAAUCUUCUCAGACAGUCUUGUCAUUGCUCAAAGAAGAAACCGAACCUUGUUGGGACAAUGUGUCGUUGGGCUUGAAUCCCAUGGCGCCUUCUGUCCCCAAACAAGACUGGACCGUUCUGGGCGAUGCCCUCAAAGAAGCCGAGCAAGCCACGGGCUACACUCGUAACAUUAUUCCAUCGGACAAAUGGAUUUCCUUGAGAUGCAGUGGAAUGGGAUUCAGCAAACUGUUCAAGCACUUGCAAAAACUGGGUGUCUUUAGCAAACGUCAAUCCCCGGAAUUUGCCGCCAUGAUGCGCGCAUGCUGUGAAGAUCUCAUGACCAAAUUUGACGCUCGAUGCGCACAUACGCAGUCGGACGAAAUCACAGUCUUGUUGCCACCCCAUACUGACUCCUGUCAAGAUGAUAUGAGUAUUCAAAAACUGUGUUCCAUGGCCGCCGCUUCUGUCACGGCACGUUUCAACUUUGAGUUGAUGGCACUCUGUACACUCCACAGUAAAAAGAAGGGACUCCUCGUCGACCUAAUGACGGUCAUGCAAUGUUUGCCCACUUUUGACUGUCAAGUUGGCGUCUUUGACACCAGCAGUCAAGCACUCUCACUCAUUCUUUGGAGGGCACAUGACUGCAGUACCAAUGCUGUGGCACUCGCUGUACACAACAGUGGUUUGCCAGGAGCAAAACAAAUGGUAGAAAAACACUCUUCUCCAGAGCAAAUGCAAUGGCUCAACCAGCGGGGUCUUCUUCCUCUCCCCGUACAUCAACGGGAUGGAACCUUCAUGGUACAAUCACAGACAAAACAACCCAUUCAAGGAGAUAUCCUACAGCUCUACAAGGAAGGAACCUUGUUCCCUGCAAACUUUACACUAUGAACUACUUUCACAGAAACUUUAUUAAUAGAUUAUAGAUUCAUUCAUUCAUUC